AUGGCCAUCGUACAAACUGAUUUGCAAGGGGCUUUGCCUCUUGUUGCAAGAGGUAAAGUAAGAGAUAUCUAUCAAAUAGACAACGAGACAUUGUUGUUUGUUGCUACAGAUAGAAUAUCUGCCUACGAUGUGAUUAUGAACAAUCCUAUCCCAGAUAAAGGUAUUCUUUUGACGAAAUUAUCUUUAUUUUGGUUCGAAUUUUUAAAAGAUGUCAUUCCAAACCAUUUGAAAAAAAUCCAGAAUAUAGAUUUCGCCGAUGGGCAACUCUCCCCUUACAAGUCCCAACUUCAGGACAGAUCGUUACUCGUACAGAAAUGUAAAUUGAUCCCAUUAGAAUGUAUUGUAAGAGGAUAUUUGACAGGAUCUGCCUAUCAAGAAUAUUUGAAGACUCAAACCGUUCAUGGAAUGCCCAUAGAAAAGGGUCUUCAACAAUCGGCAAAAUUUAAUAAACCAAUUUUCACCCCUUCUACGAAGGCUGAACAAGGUGAACAUGAUGAAAAUAUCUCGCUCGAAAGAGCUAUUGAAAUCAUUGGUAAUAAGUCAUUGGUAGAAAAAAUAUCCAAAAUCUCGAUUGAGCUUUAUGAAAGAGCUAGAGAUUACGCUUAUACAAAGGGUAUCAUCAUUGCCGACACGAAAUUUGAAUUCGGGUUGGAUGAAAAUUCAAACUUGAUCCUUAUUGAUGAGGUCUUGACUCCGGAUUCUUCUAGGUUUUGGAGCAGAGAUACUUAUCAAUUGGGUAAAGAUCAAGAUUCUUACGACAAACAAUUCUUGAGAAAUUGGUUAGUUGAAAACAAGUUAAAGGGUGUUCCUGAUGUGACUGUUCCUGAUGAAAUCAUCUCCCAAACACGUGCAAAAUAUAUAGAGGCUUAUGAAUCCCUAACAGAUGAAAAGUAUUAA